AUGCCGAUGGAUAUGGUGAUUCCGAUGGCGGAGAAGGUGUACGGAGAGAUCGGAACCAAAGCUUGUCCCCAUGAGGCGUAUCACGUCACCAUCGUGGUGUCCAGAAACUUACAACAAAGGGAUGCAAAAAUGGUGGUGCCCCAGAUUCUGAGAGCUCCUCCACCACGCAAUGUCUUCACUCACUUCGCCUCUAAAUUUCCCAACUCCGUCUUUCUGUCUGCAAGAACUGCCAAGGUGCCCAGACAUCACCAAGUCAGGAGCUUUGCAGCUUCGAGUUCAGAGAAGAUUAAAGUGCAGAGAAAGAAAAGGAGACUGGAUGAAGUUUGCCUUGAAAGAUUUCAGCAGUAUAGUCGAACAUUCAUUCAGUCAUGGAUCGCACAAGGUAAAGUAAUUGUUGAUGGAAAAGUUGUAAACAAAAGUGGCACUCCCAUUUCCGACAAAGCCGUUGUGGAGAUCAAGGCUGAAGUUCCGAAAUAUGUAUGUAGAGCAGGACACAAACUAGAGGCUGCUAUAGAGCAACUACAGAUCGAUGUUUCAGGAUUAGUGGCUCUUGAUUCAGGACUCUCAACCGGUGGAUUCACAGAUUGUUUGCUUCAAUAUGGUGCUUCAUUUGUUUAUGGUGUUGAUGUCGGUUAUGGACAGGUGGCUGAGAAAAUACGUCAACACGAUUGUGUUAGUGUUGUUGAGCGGACGAAUUUGAGAUACCUAUCUGAACUCCCUCAGAAGGUCGAUCUAGUUACUCUCGACCUUUCCUUUAUUUCCAUCCUUACAGUAAUGCCUGCCGUUGUUAAUUUGAUGAAAAAUGACGCUACACUAGUUACUUUGAUUAAACCGCAGUUUGAGGCACUCCGAUCACAGGUGGGAAGCGGUGGGAUUGUUCGAAAUCCCUCAGUCCAUGAGGAGGUUCUCGCUAAGAUCAUAAAUGGUGUGCAAGAAUUCGGCUUUCAGUGCAAAGGCUGGAUCGAGUCGCCACUGAAGGGGGCUGAAGGAAACAAGGAGUUUCUGGCUUGUUUCAGCCGAAUGGACAUGAAAGAUGCAGAUACCUCAGUCCCGAAAGCAGAUAUUGCUAAAUUGCAUAGGGGUACCAAAGCCACACAAGAGUAA